CGUGGAUCAGACGGCAGAUAUUGAGGCAAAAAUCAACUACCAAAUGCGACUUUAAGCUCUCACAUUGUAUAAGACUCCACACUAGAACUAGUCUUUCAUGUAAAUUCAGUGUUCUUCAAGUUUUUCAUGCUAAAACUGUCAUGGCUCAUGCUCUGCGAUUCGAUACAGUUCUUCCGGUUCUGCUUUGCACCCUCCUCCUAACCAAAGCCGCCUCUACCUCUCAUCACCACCAUCUUAAGUCCCUCCACUUCUCACUCUAUCAACACGAAACCAUAAACAAAACCGGAUAUAUUGUAGUGAAUGGGGUGGCUGGAACAGGCAUCGGUCAAACCACUACGCCCUUUGGCACCGUGUUUGUUUUCCAGGAUCCGAUGACUCUCACAGCCAACCGAUCUUCAAAAGCAGUUGGGAUAGCUCAAGGAACUUCAGUCACAUCCAGCUUGGAUGGGCUUCAGAGCAUUUCGGUAGCCAAGAUCACUUUGCGCUUGAAGAACCACUCUGGUUCAGUUUCCAUAGUCGGAGGCACACAUAACGUGAAGCCCGCCAAUCAUCCUGUUGUGGGGGGCACGGGCGAUUUCCUGUUUGUUCAAGGCUACGUGACAUCGUCCCCUGUUGAUCUCAAGGGCCUAACUGUUGUCUACAAGAUUGCAUUUCACCUUUACUGGCCUCCAUAUGCAACUCAAGCUUCUUAGUAAUUUCAUUUUGCAUAUGUAAGAAAAUAAAUGUGAUUUCCCGAAACAUAAAUCAAAAUUUCAAUCCUCUGUAA